AUGGACCGGGCCCGGAGGCAGCGGGCUCUGACCCUCCUCCCCAUCGGCCUCGCCCUCACCCUCUCCCUCAUCGCCGUGAGCAGCAGCCACUGGUGCCAGGGGACUCGGCGGGUGACAAAGCCGCUGUGCCAGGACCCAGUGGGGGGGCCGCAUUGCAUUCACCCCAUCGAGUCCAGCGGCAAUGGCAGGAGUGACGCGGGGGGCCAGGCUGUCCAGUACAUUUGGGAGAUGGGCGACGACAAGUUCAUCCAGCGCAGGUUCCACGUGGGGCUCUGGCUGUCCUGUGAGGAGACCUUCAGCAGCACAGGUGAAGUGUGCAGGAGCUUCCAGAGCGUGGUGCCAGCUGAAGAGCAGGGUGUUCUGUGGCUGUCCAUCGGGGCUGAGCUCCUGGAUGUCCUCCUGCUGCUCUCAAGUGCUGUCCUCCUGGGCUCCAGAGUGAGCUGCCCCAGCUCCGGCUUCAACUGGUUCAAGGUGGACGCCUUGGUGGCCAUCCUCAUGGUCCUCGCAGGGCUCCUAGGCAUGGUGGCCCACAUGAUGUACACAACCAUUUUUCAAAUCACUGCGAAUCUUGGCCCCGAAGACUGGAGGCCCCAGACGUGGGACUACGGCUGGUCCUAUGGCCUCGCCUGGGGUUCUUUCACCCUCUGCAUGGCUGUGUCCGUCACGGCCAUGAGCAGAUACGCCACCGCCCGCCGGAGACUCGCAGAGAAUCAGGGGGUACGAAACAGCCGUCGGCAGCCGCUGCACCGCUUCCCAACACCUGUGGGAGAAAUGGGAGCUGCUCCCAGGCCUGCUGGAGGUCCCCUUGCAAAUGUUUCUGGAAACCUGCAGGCAGCUGCCCCAGGCAAGGUGUCCUCAUGCUAG